CAAUGGUUCACUGGUUUUGUAGCCCAUCAUUAUGUUUUAAUAACUUUAGAAGCAAAACUACUAACGGAGAACGUAUUAAGUUUUACAGGCUUCCUAAAGAUGUUUCUUUACAGAAAGAAUAUAUUCGAAUUUUACAUACAAAAGGAAUGAAUUUCAAAAAUGGGCAUUUUUGUUGGGAACAUUUUUCAUCUGGAAUUAGAGAGUUAUGCACUGAUAUUCCAGACAUAGCUGCACCACCAAGCCAAAUUGCUAUAAUGAAACGAAAAUACACAAAUGCUCUGACCAAAAUGACUACAUCACAAAAAGCGACUGAAGCUGAAAAAAAAAAUUUGAAAAGUGAUUUAUUACGAAGCAUUGCAGGGUAUAUACCUGCACUUUUUCUUGAAACAAAUUUAAAUAGAGCUUCAACAUUGUGUAAAUUAUCCGCCUUUUUUAUAGCUUUUUCUUCAUUUACUACAAUUGCAAUGCUCACUGCAAUAGCUCUUUCAAGAAUGGUACUACUAAGUACAUGUUUUCUUCACAGUCAAGUUAAUUACAAAACACUAUUCAUAAAAAUCGGAUUACUCUCGUGGAUAUAUGGUUUUACGUGGGCUACUAUGCCUUUUUUGGGAUUUUCUUCCUACACACUUGAAAAUACAAAUUCUCGAUGCUCAAUUGAUUUUUUUCCUAAAACUAAAACUGAGAAGGUUUAUUUGAUCUUAUUGAUUGCGUUUGGAUUUUUAAUUCCCAUCAUAACAAUUAUAACUUCAUGUUUAUAUACAGCCAACGUAAUGCGCUCACAAUACAACUACUUUUAUAUGAUAUAUGGUAAAAAUAAUGUGGAAACAAAAAAAUAUAAAGUAAAGGAAAAGAAAGCAUUUUCAUCAUUUUUACUAAUGGUGUUAUCUUUUAUAGUUUGUUGGACACCCUACGCAACAGUUGGUUGUUUUUCCGCUUUUACGUCACUUGUAAUUCCAAAUUGGCUACUUCACUUUGCUGCAUUUUUUGGAAAAUGUUCUGCUUUAGUAAAUCCUGUUAUUUAUUAUUGGAAAGAUAGUUUACUGAACCACUAUUUUAAAAGUAAAAGAUUGCAAAUUAUGAAGUUACUUUUUAGACGGAGUGAAGAUAAUUUAACAAUCUUACCAAUCAAAGAAAACUAAAUUAUUAUUUGGUUUAAUAACAAACAUAUUUUAGCGUGAUUUAAAGUAUAAAGGAAUCGAAAUUUAUGCAAAGUACAGAA